AAGUUGUUUCAAUGGAACUCACCAACUGACUUCUGACAAAUUGUCAAUUUUUGUGUCAUUGCCAGUGGUGGCCGAUGAUGAGGCUCAGCCAUUAACUUAUUACCUCACUGGCAGUGGUAUGUGGUGAUGAGGCUCAUGGUGCUGAUGAGUGUGACUAGGGCAGAUGGAAACAACUUGCCUGAUAGCUGAUACAGCAGCGGACGAAGAUGUAGAUUCAAUACCUAUGGUCACCUUCCAUGUACCCGACACCCACCAGCUGUUCGGGAAUGAAUACAGCAGGCUACCAUCAUCCGACAAGGCUCCAACAGAAAUGCUCCCAUCUCCAGAGGAUGCGCUGUUCCCCAUUGAUGAGGGAGCAUGGAGCGGCUUCAGUACUUCACCUCAUCGUGAGUACUCCAUCCAGACUCUAGAGAACUGUGUCAUCAAUCAUGGGUAUGAAGAGGAGGGGCACCUGUAUUUCCCCAUUGAUGAAAAUGCAUGGGGUCAAGACCAUUCAGCUGGUGCAGCUUCACCUGACAGUGAAGCACUCGUCUUGGAGGAAACAGACGGCCGGGUUACUUUUCAUAACUCAGGCUCCACCUUAUCAAAGGGUUUCAGAUCUCAUUGGUGGAAGCGCCCUAAAACAUUGAAACUCCACAGAGGUAGUUGUCCACCACCCGAAGCUCGUAGCCCUGUUUCUUCAAGUCCGGGGUGCACCAACGGGAUCGUUUCCCUUUCAUCGAGUUCAAAUAUCAACCGAGGCUUCCAAGAUUUUGAUGACCACGGGACAUUCAACCACAGGGUUGACAGAUUCGAGCUGGACACGGCCAUGCUGUUCCGCUCACUCAGUCAACCGAAGCAGAGUAAGAAAAGUUUCUGGUCUUCUUUGCUCUGCAUGUGGUGUCGGAACUGCUCAGCGCCCUGUCGUUGUGUCUGCUGUUCUUGUCGGUGUAGCGGUAAUGAUGAGGUUGGUCUGUUUCAACUUUUGGUUGUUUUGUGAACAUUUAAUCUUAUAUUACUAACCCUAGGCUACUUAUAGUUUAGAUUUUUUUUUUUAAUGAUGUUAAAGUGCUACUUGACUCUGUGAAGGGUUGAGUGCAUACACUACGAUGUCUUGUUACUACUUUGUCAUUGUCAGUGGUACCGGUGUGUAGUUAACUACCAAUACAUCAUUAUGUUAUUUUCUUGUUUUCUUGCUAUAGUUAACCAUACAAAAACUCAGGAAUGCUCCAAAAUUAAACAGGAAUGUCCUAAGCAAAACAUCUUGUAGACCUUGUGCAUGAGUUCAUCUAACAUGGAUAGUUAUAUUUAACUGUAUAGAAAUGCAAACCAAAAAUUUCCUGGGCUCUGAGUUACCUGUUUAGACUUGUAUCCCCAUUCUCACCUUACUUGUAUCAAUGCUCCGAGUAUCUUAUUCCUUUGCUCCCGUUUUAAAUUACGCAUGAGGAUUCUUAACAUUCGAUAAAUGAUGCUGCGCUCUGUGGCAAAGGUUUAUCCCGUUCAUUUACUUGGGGCAUAUUUUAGUAGAGCAUUUACUGAUGUAUGUGUUUCAGGGCCAUAUCUACUGAUAACACAUUGUCACAGAACGGUUGUUACGGAGGAGGGCUCCGGUCCUGACUUAUCACAAACUGCAGUGAUGUAGUAGUGUUCAGUACAGGACCGCUCUGUGAUUAUACUGUGGGUGUCUAGGCGUUGGGACAGACGAAGCACAACGACUUGAACGAAAACGAAGACUAACAACUCCAGGUGUCCAGAUGAUAAGAGAAUGUAUUUAUUUCUAAGAUAUAAGUUCUUCUGUUGGUGCCGUCAACUGUCUGUCUCUACAGCUAUGACUUUCUGAACUGUUUCGUCUCAACUAUUCCUACGCUUCACUAGUCAACUCGUCUUCUGAUCUCUUGCGACUAUUCCCUAGCAACCGCUCAACUCUAUCGUAGCUCUUUUCUCUCUUCCUCAACUCACCCCCUAUCUUGAAAAGUUCCGUCUUAUAUGCGAUUCUCUACCUCCAUAGGUGGCCCCAGGAAUGCUCUCAAUUAACCCAUCCCUGCCCCUAAUUUCCGGUCAAUUAGAACUUCCCGUCGUUAACCCAACAGUUAUCAUGCCAAGUAAUGGACAAAAACCACCCCCACUAUCUCCAAGAUGCGACAAUCUAUUAACCUUAAUUUACCCCCUUAACAAUGGCGUCCCUAAACUAACAACAGUUUCCGUCCAUCCUAUAAGUUAGCUUAACCACAAUGGAGCUCUGUCCCGUACCCACGUCCCAGUUAUUUGUGACCCACAUUAUUAUAUAUGUACACAUCUUCAUCUAAAAAAACACACACACCAUGAAGCUGUUAUGAAGUAAGAUUUAAACAAAACUAAGUAAACAUAUUUCAAAUUUGGCUCAAACAAUGUCAGUUAAAAAUAAACCUGGACAGAGUUCUGACGUCACGCAGGAAAGCUCGCUGGGUUGUUUGUUUUUGUUUGUUUGUUUUUUUGUUGUUUGUUUGGGCCACUCAAUACUAACACAAUACAAUUGCUAUAAAACGUGUGGAGUUGGGGGAGUGCCGGUUGUGAAGAGGGAGCAGGACACGCAAGGAGCAGAAGAGAUUAAUCUUCUUUAAAAAUGUGAUCAAAUAACUUUAAGGUCAGAAGUUCUUUCUCUGGUAAAAUACUACAUUGAAUAACGCCCACUUUCGCAGCGUGUUCCCUUUCUGUGCUGAGAACGUCUAGUCUAAACUAUCUAGUCUGUCUUGCCACUAGGCGCUAAAGUUACAAUUUGUGUUUGAGAGUUAUACUAGUUUUUCUUGGGCCAAGCCGGGUACCUGAAUAUUCCGAGCACUUACAUACCCGGCUAGCACUUACAUACCCGGACCCGGCAAAAAAAAACAGAAACGGGUCAGGGUGUUAAAAAAAUCAAAGCCACGUUUAUUUUAACUUUUUUUUUGUAAAUACCGGUAGAUAUUACCUGAAAUUUUUUAAUAAUAGUAAUGUAAUUUAAAUUGCAAUAAUUAAUAAGCGGAGCCGCUGGCUCAACGGAAGGAUGGCUAAGAUGGUACCGCUGUCCAUGCCCAUGGACACCAUGGUGAUGAAAUAAAUAUUUAUUAAAAUAAUAUGCGUAUGUUGGUAUCAGUCAAAUAGAAACUGCCACCAAACAGCAACAAGCAAUAUCAGCAACACUGACGAAACUUCUUCUCAAUGACAUUGUUUGAUUUUUCUGUUUAUGAGAAACGGCAUUGGUUCUCAACUUGUGGGUCACUACCCUCUUGGGAGUCCACUUUGCUGGUUGUAUUCAUGUACUUUUCACUUCUCCCCUUUGGGCGGAACACAUUUCUAAUCUUCUAUAGAUCAUUUCUAAAUUGUAAUACCCGGACUAGUACCCCCCUGGUAUUGUCUCAAAAUACCCGGACUUGUACCACCGGGUAUUGUCUCAAAAUACCCGGAUUGUGUAUAAAAUCCCUGGCUUUUACCUCUCCGCUCAUGGCCCUGUCAUUGACAAAGCAAGACUAUGAGAUGUACAAUGAGGGACUCCGGGGUGAUAUAGCAAGAGAACUAUGUUCGAUGAGCAAACGAUAACUCAACAAUUUGAUAGUCUCUACCGUAAUUUCUUAAGAAUCAGUGGAAAGCCUCAGAGCCGAGUUCCCCAACAUGUCUGUCCCCCGUGGUCCAUUUAUUUGUAGCUUUAGGCUUAUGCUUCGUAAGCCACUUAAAUACUGGCCUUUUUAUAUCUCUAUAAUAAUUGACCAGUAGACGUUGUCCGCCACCAUGAAGAAAGGUAAAACAUAAGGGUUUGUGGGUUUUUUUACUGCUUAACUACCUCAAAAUAUAAAAAAAAUUACAUUUACAUUAUUUCAAAUUUUAAAACAAUGUAUCCUUUAUGUUGUAAUGUAAUAUUAGCGAUUCCCCAUUCUUUCUCUCUCUCUCUCUCUCUCUCUCUCUCUGUCUGUCUCUCUCUCUGUCUGUCUCUCUCUAUGUCUCUCUGUCUCUCUCUCUCUCGCUCUCUGUCUCUCUCUCACACACACACAAAUUCUUUUGAUGGCCUCUCGGACACUACUUUUCAGCUAAGUGCUAUUUUUUAAACAUUAAUUCUGGGGGGUGGGGGUGUUUCUGUUUGUUCGCAGACGAUGGCUUCCUGCCGACACGUUCUUUCGUUGUUUUAUUGCGUUCCUUUUUUUUUUUUUUCCUUCAGGUUUUCCCUUCCUUUGUUUUUAUUUUUUUAAGUGCUAUUUUUUAAACAUUAAUUCUGGGGGGUGGGGGUGUUUCUGUUUGUUCGCAGACGAUGGCUUCCUGCCGACACGUUCUUUCGUUGUUUUAUUGCGUUCCUUUUUUUUUUUUGUCCUUCAGGUUUUCCCUUCCUUUGUUUUAAUCAUUUCCUACAUUGUGUAAGAGAAGUCUCAGAGAGCAUUCUAGGUUGAGAAGAUUUGAUAAGCCAUUUCGAAUAAGCAUAAGACAUAAAACCAAUGACAAAUGUAUAGCUCCUUUUAAUAUUUGACCUUUCAAUUGAAGUGACCCAGGCCUUUAUCUGUCAACUCCUGGUGUGCGGCCAUGGAUUAAGACAACGUAUUUUCCUCUUUUUUUAUAUAGUUUUUUUUUUAAAGUGUCUACAUUUUAAACGCGCAUGUCUAAACAAAUGUACUAUAAUCUUUUAGUUUACGGUAUUUAAAUAAAACCAAACUAAUUUCUACUUGCGAUAUUUACCCAACGCGCCGAACAGAACCCGAGCAGUCAGUGGCGUGGCGAAGGGGAGUGUGGGGGGGGGGGGAUAUUUCCCAGGCGCAAGGACGUGCAGCUCAACGUGAUCUUUAAUGGGAUUUCUGGCGCACAUCUGGUCUAGUGUAGGCUGUCAAUCUGUGGUAUUUUUGAGACGGUGUUAACACUUAAACACAUUUUUGUAAUUGUAAGCACAAGCAGAGAGAUGAAGCAAAAUUCAAGUGAUUCUGUGUUCUUUUGAAGGUCGAGGCUUCAAAAAUAAUUAUUUUAAUUUUUUUUUAUAUUAGACAAGACUUGAAUUGGCUCUUAUCACUACCAUACACUUACCUAACGAUGGCAUGUGAUGCUACCAUACUUACAUAACGAUGACAUAUGAUGCUACCAUAUACUUACAUAACGAUGGCAUUGGAUGCUACCAUACACUUACAUAAGGAUGGCAUGUCAUGCGACCAUACACUUACAUAACGAUGGCAUGUGAUGCUACCAUACACUUACAUAACGAUGGCAUGUGAUGCUACCAUAAACGUACAUAACGAUGGCAUGUGAUGCUACCAUAAACGUACAUAACGAUGGCAUGUGAUGCUACCAUAAACGUACAUAACGAUGGCAUGUCAUGCGACCAUACACUUACAUAACGAUGGCAUGUCAUGCUACCAUACACUUACAGAACCAUGGCAUGUCAUGCUACCAUGCACACUUCACAUGUUAAGACCAUCGGGUUGUGCAGUCCCUCUUUCUGUGCUUACGGACAAACGAGCUUCUCACCACCCUCUCCCCACCCCCUUUCCCUUUUUUAUAACACUUAAAAAGAAAGCUGUUUGGUUCAUCCGCACUAAAUAACUAUGUCACAAAUUAUUUCAAGCUCACGGGGGCAUAUCAAAGGAGACGAUGAACUAAAGCUGUUACAUAAUACUAAAUUAAUAGUGCUGUAGCGACAUGGACUCAGGCGUAGACAAGGGGGGGCACGGGGGCAUAUCAAAGGAGACGAUGGACUAAAGCUGUUACAUAAUACUAAAUUAAUAGUGCUGUAGCGACAUGGACUCGGGCGUAGACAAGGGGGCACGGGGGCAUAUCUCCCCGGGUGCCAAACUGGUGAGGGGCGCCAAAAUGAGCUUUGGUGGUAUUUUAUUGAUGUAAAUAACAGGUAUCGGAGUUGGGUGGGUGGCGUAAAUAUUAAUCUUGUACCCGGGCGCCAUAAACUUAAGCUGCGCCUCUGCACCUACUGCCUAGCUCAUUCAUUGUGGACACACAAUCACACAGCCACGGUAUGCCAUCAUUACGGUCCAUUGUCGUGAUAUUUGUAGAGACUCUGAAAAUGAUUAGAAAAUGUGUUGACUGAUUUUUUUGGGGGGGACCAUUGGCUAUAGUACAUGAACCCAAAAUAUUUACACACACACACACACAAAAUACAUCUUACAGUCGUUACUCUUUCGGUCGUCGCGCGCCGAAAUAGGCCAACCCAUUCAGCACAACAAAAGGCUGUACACUCUCAACGUGAUACUGUGUCGGCCAAUGUCAUGUCACGACACACUGCCAAAGCCUGGUGUGUGUAGCGAAGGUGCUCCCGACACGGGUGUUAUUUCCUCUACUGUGCUUUUACCAGCCCAUUAACUGCAUAGGGUAUAAACCUAUCAUCUGUCCAGCGGUCUGGGCUUGACACUGGGAUGUAAGAUAACAGUUGAUCGAAUCUCUCCAUGCAUGGCAUGGGCUUGCUAUAUUUCAAAAUAAUAAGUAAACAAAAUGCUUUGAGAUUUUCUAGAAUGAUCGCUGGACGAAGUACUCUGAUGACCAUUUACAUUUCCACAAACAAACAAAAAAUGUCUCACAUUUCGUGAAUGUUCCUACAUAGAAAUGCAUCAGUUCUGACGAUUAGACAUUUGCAUUGUUAAACACCCCCCCCCCCUCCUCCCCCAUAUUCCCUCACAUGGCUAAGGUUGGCCCAUUCUAGUUGUGCAUAACUAACAACACUGUCAUAAUAAUGGUCGGUGAUUGUAUUCAGGAUAUGUAUGAAUAUGAUGGUGAUUGGAUGCAUGACAUGGAUGAGUGGGGUGGUGAUUAGAUGCAGGAUAUGGAUGAGUGGGAUGGUGAUAGUAUGCAGGUUAAGAUGGUGAUUGGAUUGCCACUAUCUAUAAAUGAGUUUGUUAUGAACAUCUACUAGUCUAUAAGAAUGAAUGUGUUGUAAUUUUUUAUCUACUAUUUGUAAAUGUGUGUUUUAAUUGGAUAUCUACUAUUUGUAAAUGUGUUUGUAAUUGUAUAUCUACUAUUUGUAAAUGUGUGUUCUAAUUGGAUAUCUACUAUUUGUCAAUGUGUUUGUGAUUUGAUAUCUACUAUUUGUCAAUGAAUAUGUAAUUGGAUAUCUGCUUAUCUGUGAAUGUUUUGGUAAGUUAUGGAGUAGCUUUGAUCCUGUAACACUUGUCGUUUUGUCUAUCCGAUGAAUGUACAUGACGUUGUGUGCAAAUUAAAGAUCAGAUUAUCGGUGACGUCGCAAAGAUCCAUUUUCUCUUGGAGUUUGACGUCUGUUGCACUACUUCGCUACCUUCCUAUUUGUCUGGAGUAAUGAUCACCGAGAUUGAGUGGCACUGCAUGAGGUUCCAACCAGUUUUGAAAUCAAGCACUGCAUGAGGUGCCAACCAGUUGUGAAAUGUAGCACUGCAUGAGGUGCCAACCAGUUGUGAAGUGAAGCACUGAAUGAGGUGCCAACCAGUUAUGAAAUCAAGCACUGCAUGAGGUGCCAACCAGUUAUGAAAUGAAGCACUGCACGAGGUGCCAACCAGUUAUGAAAUGAAGCACUGCAUGAGGUGCCAACCAGUUGUGAAGUGAAGCACUUACGUAAAUAGAACGGUUUAGAAUGUAGACCUCUUAUUGCUGCUGGUAUUGUGGUGGUCUGGCAAAUUACUCGUGUUUAAUUAUAAGAUAAGUAUAGAUAUUUUCGCCCACUGAACUAAGCUCCACAAGUAGUUGCCGUCAGAGUUGCCAGUAACACAUUUGUAACAGGUUCUAGUGAUGUGUGAUUAAUUGGGCUGUCGCCGGGUACCCUGGCAGGUGUUUUAAACACUUUAGACAGCCCUAGUGAUAAACUCUAUAAAAAAAAAAAUACUUUACCCCAAGUGUUCGUAAAAUACAUGUGUUUGCUGAUGAAGGCAUUUAGUCGAUACGCUACUUUGAGAUGGUCGUCUUCAGUCGUUAUUCCGGCGUCCACGUACCAUCUUAAGUUGUAUGCAAAGCCGUCGCGCAGGCCCUGCAACUUCUGUGGCUACAGGGGUGGGGGAUGGGGGCUGCUUGAUAUGUAAGGGGCCCAAGGUUGUAAUGCGGAACAAACUAUAAACUUUAAAUGCAGGGGGCACAAAAGCAAGAAGACUCUCGACGGCUGGAGGGGAGGGGGGGGCAUGCCUUCGUUCAGGUUAUGUUAGACUAGGGUGACCAAACGUGCCGUAAAAACGGGAUUAUCCCGUUGUUAUCCCGAUCGUACCCGUUGUCCCGAAAAAGUCUCGGGACGAGUCUCGGGACGCCUAAAUGUCCCGUUUUUUUAAACCAAACCCAUUUUCAAAUCACAAAAACUUCCUAAGUUAUAAUAUAACUUCUAGUACCGGUAAUAUUUUCGCUAGCUGUGUAGCCAGUGCCAGUAGUGAUGUGGGCUCGCGUGAUGGCUGCACUGUUCCCCCUCCACCAGUGUCCCUGCCAUAGGUCUUAUAUGUAAAUUUAUAGCGAAAGACAUGAGACUUGAAGAAAAGGGGGGGGGGGGGGGGGAGAGAGGAUGUAACUGCGCGCAGAAAACAAUUUUUAUUCCGCUACCGCUACGUUUAAUGUGUUGGUCUUGUGUGUGAUCCCUGCCGGCCUGGUCGUGUCAGAGUGACAGUCUUGUGUGUGAUCCCUGUCGGCCUGUUCGUGUCAGAGUGACAGGUGUUUGUUUUCGGUGUUGCACUUUAUCCUUUAAUUUUAUAUUAUCUUCUCAUGUAAACAAUAAUGAUGCCCAAGCGUCAAUGUAAGUUUAUGGAGGAGUAUUCCAAAGAGUGGAACUAUAUUAAAAAGGACGCUAUGAUAGUGAAGCCGAGUGCACAGUUUGCAAUAAUGUUUUUAGUAUUGGUAUUUUCUCUUCUCCCCCCCCCCAACCCCCACACCCCCCAGGCCGUCCUUGAAAGUGUCCCGUUUUUUCAAUUUCAUGAUUAGGUCACCCUAUGUUAGACUAGCUUUAUUUCAUUGAUAUCAGCUUGCUUGUGUUGAGUUUGUUGUCCAUGUUUAGUGAAGAGGGGGUUUUUAACUUAUGUAAUCUGAUGCAGCGGAGGUCUGUGUUAAACUACCCCCAGUCUCUGGCCAUGUUUACAUAAUUCAUGCUGUGGAGAUCGACACUCGGUGAAUGUGUAACGGGGUCAGUUUUUAUUGACAUGCUUGAGAGAGAGAGCGAGCGCUCCUGUGAACCGAUAAGGAGAGACACAUGUCCAUGUUUGUCUGACACUAAUCUUUAUGUUAGGUUUAGGUUUACUUUAUGCCCGUAGUCUCCACGCAGGCAUCUAAAUCUACUUUUUUUUUUUUUUUUUUUUUUGUUGUAGGCCUAUAGAAUUGAAUUUGAUUUUAGAAAUGGAUGGGUUGUAUUUGGGAUUUUUUUUUUUUUUUUUUUGAUGUAGGCCUAUAGAAUAGAAUUUGAUAUUAGAAAUGGAUGGGUUGUAUUUGAGAUUUAUUUUUUUUUUUAAAAAGAAGAAGAAGAAUUAAAGUGGAGACCUUGGCUAUCAGAUUAAACCUAGCUCCUUCCAUUUAUAACUCCAAAAAAAUGUGUGAUGUAGCUUGGCUCGCCCCGGGUGGCAGUAAUCCUAGCUACGCCGCUGUAUAUUGUAAGACAGUCUGUUAAAACUAGCUACUAGCCUACUAGCUAUCAUCUGAUUUCGCUCUGGCGUAUUUGUUUUUUAUAUAUUAUACAACAAUAUUUUUUUUUAAAGUAAUAUGUUUUACUAUAUAAAAAAUGUUUACGAAAUAUGAUUCUUAAUUUUAAUUAGGUCUCCAUUCUAUACAUUGAUGUCUUAAAGUAGCUAUGAAUGCAGAUAGGCCUCCAUUCUAUACAUUGAUGUCUUAAAGUAGCUAUGAAUGCAGAUAGGCCUCCAGUCUAUACAUUGAUGUCUUAAAGUAGCUAUGAAUGUAGACAGGUCUCCAGUCUAUACAUUGAUGUCUUAAAGUAGCUGUGAAUGCAGACAGGUCUCCAGUCUGUACAUUGAUGUCUUAAAGUAGCUAUGAAUGCAGAUAGGCCUCCAGUCUAUACUCAUUGAUGUCUUAAAGUAGUUAUGAAUGCAGACAGGCCUCCAGUCUAUACUCAUUGAUGUCUUAAAGUAGUUAUGAAUGCAGACAGGCCUCCAGUCUAUACAUUGAUGUCUUAAAGUAGCUAUGAAUGCAGACAGGUCUCCAUUCUAUACAUUGAUGUCUUAAAGUAGCUAUGAAUGCAGAUAGGUCUCCAGUCUAUACAUUGAUGUCUUAAAGUAGCUAUGAAUGCAGACAGGCCUCCAGUCUAUAUAUUGAUGUCUUAAAGUAGCUAUGAAUGCAUUCAAGUCCAAGCCAUUCCCAUUUUAACUCACCCAGAGAAUCUAUUUUCAGAGCAUUGUGUAACCGCUAUUUAUUUAUUUGGUUCUAUGUUAUUUAUUUCUUUGGUUCUAUGCUAUUUAUUUAUUUGAUUUUAUGUUAUUUAUUUCAUUGGUUCAAUGCUAUUUAUUUCUUUGGUUCAAUGCUAUUUAUUUCUUUGGUUCAAUGCUAUUUAUUUCUUUGGUUCAAUGCUAUUUAUUUCUUUGGUUCAAUGCUAUUUAUUUCUUUGGUUCAAUGCUAUUUAUUUCUUUGGUUCUAUGCUAUUUAUUUCGUUGGUUCUAUGCUAUUUAUUUCUUUGGUUCAAUACUAUUUAUUUCUUUGGUUCUGAGCUAUUUAUUUCUUUGAGUCUAUGCUAUAAAUUAUAAAUAUAGUUUUUUUUUUAAAUUGUAAUGGAUAUUUUCUUAAAUUUAAAAAUUAUAUUGUGUAUUGAACCUUAGGUCUGGGCCUAAAUCAUUAGUUUGUAAACCAUCCUUUCAAUAUGUUUAAAUAGCACAUCCUUCAACCUUAUCAGCAAUGGGUUCAACAACAAAAAUAUUUAAAAAGACAACUAUGAAACACCUGCGUUCAAGAUGUCAAGAUGGUUUCGCAACGUUAAUUCAUUUGCCAAUGAUACUCUCUAAGUUUGAUAAUUUGUAAAUGUGCGACCGUUAGGGUGAAGUGAUUCUGAUCAAACUUCACUUGAACCAUCUUACUUUAUGUUUGGAGGAAUGGUGAGGAGCCAUACUUCGGUUUUAAUGUCUACCACGAGUAUAUAUAAACAUUUGUCCCAUUAUAAGUUAGAUGUUAUGUGAACUCUGCAUGUUGCUGUGUGUUCUGUGUAAGCUGUUUGUUUUUCUAUGUAAGCUGUGUGUUUUUCUAUGUAAGCUGUGUGUUCUGUGUAUGAGUUACACGCAUUUCAACACUUACUCUUAUUUCAUUUAUGAUUGCUCUUCUAGUAAUUUUACCUCCUCCAGUAAUGUCAACUCCACCACUAAUUUUUCCUCCAACAAUAAUGUCACCCCCUUUAGUGCUGAUUCUUAUAAAUGCAAUUGAUAGACAUAAUACAUGUUUUUACACCUGCAUUAAUUAAAAAAAAUUUAAUAAGCACUCCCCCCAUGUUACAAGAUGCUCACAUAUCAACCCAGAUCUGGUAUUGAUUUUGUAACUCCCCCCAUGUUACAAGAUGCUCACAGAUCAACCCAGAUCUGGUAUUGAUUUUGUAACUCCCCACAUGUUACAAUAUGCUCACAGAUCAACAAAGAUCUGGUAUUGAUUUUAUAACCCCCACAUGUUACAAGUUGCUCACACAUCAACCAAGAUCUGGUAUUGAUUUAGUAACUCCCCACAUGUUACAAGAUGCUCACAGAUCAACAAAGAUCUGGUAUUGAUUUUAUAACCCCCACAUGUUACAAGUUGCUCACACAUCAACCAAGAUCUGGUAUUGAUUUAGUAACUCCCCACAUGUUACAAGAUGCUCACAGAUCAACCCAGAUCUGGUAUUGAUUUAGUAUCUACUUUGAAUGUUUCAGAAAGGUGUUGGGUUUUUCAAGAUGGCCAAACAGAAGCUUCUAGGCCAAUUGCACACUGUUCAGAUCAUCAUUAGUUUAAUCAUUGUGGUGCUCUCUGCCAUGGUCUUCUUCCCAUUGGGCUUCAACUUCAGGAACUUCAAUGACCAGUGUCUGCUGUACUCUGAUAUCUACCUGACAUGGUAAUGUUACAUCAUUGUUACAUUGGGUCUGUAGUGAAAGUCCUUAACCUAGAAGAGAUAUUGCCUAGAAGAGAGAUUGCCAGAGGUUUAAAGCUAUUAAUCAGACAAAGAGUCACACACAAUAUAGCAAAUGUAAAAUUGUUUUGAUAUCAUAAAAAUACAGGGAUAAAUAGCCAAUUUAUUAACAACACAUCACCCUGGGGAGAGUGAAGUUGAGAGAUCUGGUUUGGGAAGAAGUUAUAGAGCAGGGAUGAGAUGAGAGUGCAGUGGCUUGAAGGAUAUACUAUAAUAAAGCAAAAUUGCUUUUUUAACUAGUUAUAAUCUUUAUUAAGAUUCCUUUAUUGAUCCAAAUAAAUGUUUUUGAUAAUAUUGUACAUGUUCAUUUUUAUCAUAAAUAUAAAUAAAUUCUUAACAAGACAUUUUAAAACUAGAACAAAUUAAACACAAGACAUCUGAAAUAUUUCUCAAGAGCAAAAUUCAGCUGUCAUGUACCAUAAAAAUUCAUUCCUUGAAUGACAGCAAUGACUUAAUUAGUGAUCAUUUAGAUUUUGUAACUGCUGUGGGAACAUGCUGACAGACUGGGGAAAAAAUAAAUUUUUAUUUUCUUUCUGUCCUAACUUUAAGAGAAAGAGUUCGCCCUGAUUGAGCUGAUCUUAGUAAUACAUUAAAAUUAAGCAUAGAUUAUCAUUAAAUUAAUUUUUUAAUUGAUAUAAAUAAAUGAAUGGCUCCGUUUUGUUUAGCUGCAACCCCUCCCGACCAGAUCUUCCCCUCCCCACCAGAUCUUCCCCUCCCGACCAGAUCUUCCCCUCCCCACUAGAUCUUUCCCUCCCCACCAGAUCUUUCCCUUCCCACUAGAUCUUCCCCUGUCCACCAAACCAACCCUACUCCUGUGAUGUUUAAUAAUUAUAAAAUUUGCGACCUUAAUUUAGUCUUUAAAGAGUUUAACUCAAGUUAAUAUCAUGUGUAUUAAUUGUAUGUAAUCCUACAGGAUUAAUGAGACAGCUGGCAGCAUCAAUCUAGAGCUGACUUCAUUUGGUGACCAGGAUUACUGCAACUACACCACAUUCAUCAAUGUUGUCGUGGCCAUUGCCAGCGUCAUCUUCAUAUGGUUCUUCAUCCAUGCUAAAAGUGAAGAGAACACAGAGCAGUGAGUUGUUUCAAAUAACUUUCAGUCCAGCUUUAAUCUAACUUUAAGUUAUUGAGCUAUUGUCUGACCCAAACCUGUUCACUUGUCAAAGUUGGCCUUAAGGGACUACUGGCUUGAGUAUUUUGUCAAAAAUUUUUAUCUAUUUCCUUUAGUUUUAUAAACAUAUUUUCUUGAGUUUUUCCUGAUGAAAACAUUGUUCAGCAAAGCAUCCAUAUAAAUCAUGCUUGUUGGAAACUUAUAAUUAGAAACCCAUGAAUUUGUGUCACUAGAAGUAACACUUAAACCAUCUCCGUUUAGUCCAGUCCUAAAUAUUGUCAAAGUCGUCCGGAAAACGUAUUGGAGUUAACGGGCCACAGAAACGUUUUGCUGAUAAAUAUUGGCGAUGAAAGGUCAGACUGAGCCUUGGGAACGCUACAAUUGUAUUGAGACAACUAAUAAAUCUAUUAAUGAUGCACAAGCUAUUAUAAUGUUACAACUGUAUUGAGAAAACUAAUAAAUCUAUUGACAAUGCACUAGUUAUUAUUAUAAUUUUACAAUUGUAAGGAUCAAACUAAACCCAAUGACCCUAUAGGAGUUGUUGUUACACUACAUACUGACAAAUCUGAUGACUGAAGCUAAGAUUAAAUCUUGUUGUCCAGCUCUGAAGUGAAGCUCCAGCUGCCCGUUCUCCUGGUCAACUUUGGAAUGUUCAUCUGCAUCCUGGUCUCUAGUUCUAGGAUCUCCACUGGUUUCAACACUUGGUGCUCUAACAUUGUCCGCAACAACCCCUUGAAGCUUGGCAAACUGUAAGCGUUUUUUCUUCUUUCACUUUCUGCUCCCAGUUUCUUUGUGACAACACAUGUGUUAUGUUAUCCACAAGUGACAGCUGUCAUUGAAUGCUAAUCCAACUGGACAUUUUAUUUUGAUGAGAAAUGAAUGCAGUUUGUAUUAUUUCUUCCCCAGGUUGACAUGUAAAGAGUUUGAAAAAAUUAUUUGGGUUUCCACAGACAAGUUAGACAAGUCCUCUGUCUAUACAAACUCUACAGUAGCAGAGGUACUUAAUCCUAUGUUUUUCAGAUAUGAUUGUACUUUUCUUUUUCAUAGUGGCAAGUUACAAGGUCUGACAAAUGAGUAUGUUCAUUUUUUUAAAUUUUGCGGUGAGAUGUGGUUGAUCUAUUUUUUUAAAUUUAUGAAACAAAACGAUUAGGAUAAUAGCUGACAAAUUGAUUCGUUUCUAUUAUAAUGUACGGCCUUAAAGUUAUCUGUAUUUUCUCCCCAAAUGAUUAUGGUCCAAAACAAAGGUCUAACCAGUUGUUUGUUGUUGUUUUUUUUACAGAUAUCCUCUUGGUUCCUGGCUCUGACACUUCUCCUUCAGUGCUUGCUGACAUCCGUGCAGCUGUACCACGACUUUGUGGCAUCCUAUCAGGUGGCUGAGGUCCCUCACAAGAAGAUGGACGAGGUGGACGACACAGACAGCAUAUGUCUGGAGCUGGGUCACACCAACAGGGGUUCCGACGAGUACAUUCUCUCAGAAGAUCAUUUCACGCCCGACGUUGCUGAGUACAACAUGGAACUCAACAGGCGCAUGCUGGCGGAGGUCAUUGUCCACCAGAACAUCCUUGCCAUAGCCACGGGAGACCAGCUGCCAGCUAAAACUGACAAACAGAGACCCAUUGUUUUAGAUACAGAGACUUUCAAGAAGAAAAGCAAAUCCAAAAAACUGUCACCUGCGGACAGUGUGACUCUGUGCGACCAGGGACUGCCACCUGCGGAGGCAAAGAAACCAAGAAAGUUGAUAGAACUUAAGACAUUGAGACAACAUGUGACCCUAGACGUCCCUGACAGCAGCAUCAACAGUGACAACUCUCCAAGUGAUUCAGAAAGUCAACACCUAAAGUCUGUCCAGGAUAUCAUGAAUUCCAGAUCUUGUGAAGAUGGCAAAUGGUGAUUGAUAACAUUUGGGUAUUGAUGGCAAAUGGUGAUUGAUGACAUUUGGGGAUUGAUGGCAAAUGGUGAUUGAUAACAUUUGGGGAUUGAUGGCAAAUGGUGAUUGAUGACAUUUGGGGAUUGAUGGCAAAUGGUGAUCGAUGACAUUUGGGGAUUGAUGGCAAAUGGGCAAUGCUGAGAAAGUCAAUUGAUGGCAUUCAAGCAACAGGUUGAUCUUCAUACCAGGUUCAGCAUUAUGUGAUCGAGGUUUUCUCAACAUAAUUUAUUAAUAUGUUAACAAGAAACGGGUAUUUCACAUAUUUCAACAAGAUAAUUGUUUCUAAUCACACAUAAAAAUUAUGAUUUUCCUACUAAAAUAUUUAGGCUCUGCUUUGAGAAGUCAACAGAGAAUAGGAACUUGCAUUAAAAGGCCAAAAUUGAAUUCAUUAAUUUUAGUUCAGUGCCUUAGAUGUUUAUUAAUGAGCUUUCAAAACUUACUUUUGAAUAAUUUACAUACCAGUACACAUUUUUAUUGACUUAUAUGUGAGACUAGAAUUAUGUUGUUGUUUUUUUCCCCAAAAUUCUCAAUGAUGAUUCCUUUCAUUUUAUUUGAAGAAUUUUUCUGAUUUAACUUAAAUGUCACUUGCCAAAUUAUUUCCCAUUGGUAUAAAUUUCUGUCUGUGUAUCUGAUUAUGCUCACUGCCUGGACUGUACAGGCCGAAUAGCCAACCAGGACUUAAAUGGCUGCCUAUUACAUUUUUAAACGAAGUUUUGGUAUCAAGAUAAUUCCCUUUAUAAGGGAGGUGUACAAGUUCUUCAUGUAGAUAAAAUGGUUUGCUCUUUGUCGUGUGUUAGUGUGCUGCAGGGGAGUUCCAUGUCUGGAAUAACAAACGGGGGAGAUUAAUUUUGUCUGGAUUAACUUGAAAACAAAAGAGAAAAAAAGCUAAAUUUUUUAAUUUGUCAUACAAAUUUAUUUUGCAUGUCUUGGACAAUUUAUGCAUCUCAUUUUCAAGCUUGUUUUACCUGUUGACACAUUUCCUUAAUUUUUGCCCCAUCAGAAUCUUCUUUCAUUUUUCAUAAAUUUAUUAUGACAGAUUUGCAAAUGUUAUGACAUUUGUUGACAUGAUUCAUUUUACAUGUGACAGUUGUGUCGAUGAGACCAACUUUAUUAUUUCUAGGUCAGUGGUUUCAAACUCAAACCACGGAGACUAAGCUAGGACUAUAUGCAGAUACGACAGGAAAAAACUUGCAAUAUGAGACCCCCCCCCCAACCCCGAUUCAGGCAGCAAUUUUGUGAUUAUUGAAGGGAACCGGACACAGUUUAAAUGUGUGGUCACCCCAAUCUUUGAACAGAAAAGGACCAUAUUAACGAGCCGUACACAAGGGACUUUUAAAUCUCAAUUUAACAUUAGUUGUAGUUAAUACAUGAAUUCUUUACUCUUCAAAGAACUUACUUAAGAUCCCAGAUUUUUUUAAUAAAUUGUACAAUGAGAAUUAAUUGAAUUAUUAAUGUUAACACAUAUUUCUUACUGAACACCAUUAAACUUACCAUAUCUAUAACUUUAUUUAACUUGUUUAAAAUUUGUAUAAUUUUUCUGAUAUACCUGAUAGAAUGCAAUCAUCAGUUCAUAAAUGUGAGGUUAUCAAUACCUGAUGAUGCAUCAGGUCAUUUUGCGACUGGUAAUGAUGGCUUUUGUUUAUCUAUAAUACUAAUUAUUGUUUACUACGUGAUCUGUAGAAUUGAGAUUAUAUUUCUGAAUCAGUGGGCAUUUAUUAAACUUUUCUAUUACCCUUUCUAUGAUACCUUACAAUGCAAUAUGUUUAAUUGUUAUCAAAUAACUUACUUUUGUCUUAAUUUAAUAACCAUUCCUCUGUUACAUAACCAAUAUUCAAUAUCCCAAAUAUGAUUUUAUGUUAAAAUCCACUCUCUUUUACAACCAAACUGUUACAUAAAGUCCCUCACAUGACAAGAUAAUUUCUGUGAACUCUGAUUAUUGACCAUGAGCCAUCACUGUGACUCACUUUGGUCUCAGCUGUUGUGUAGUUUCUCUAAUGGGCUUUCAUCCUGGUGAAGGUUGUUACAGGACUGCUGAAAGGAGCAGUAAGACAGUUAGGCAACGACAAAUAAUAGCUAUUCUAUGAAUUCCAUCUUUUAUUGUAACUCACCAUUGGAAUGUAUUGUGUAACAGGAUCUGACAGGUAACUUAAAUGUGUUUGUUUUGCAUAGCAGGUAACUGUGUACUGUACAAGUGGUCUAGCAGGUAACUUGUAUGAUCUGAAUGGGUCGUGUGUUGAAUUAUGCCUGAACCCCUCCUGAGAUUGUAUAAAUGAAUGACUUAGUUUUGUUGUUUAACGAUCCUAUACUUAAACAGGGUUUCUCAAGUUUACUAGCAGAGACAUUUUUGUUCAGGUUUUCUUGUAAUAGCAAAGAAAUGUAUCUCCAAGGUUCCUCUACUGUGCAAGUCAUUUAGUAAUCUUAGUCUUUAAUGAAGAGAAAUAUAAGUCUUAGAAAUGUUCAAAAGUCAUCUUGGUGUUUCAUUAUUCCAUACUAAAGUUUUAUGCCACCCGUAAAAUUAACUGAUAACUGUGGCUCACACAGGACCAUAAUAGUAUGUCACACAAGAAUUAAGUAUGAAUGCACAAAUAUUAACAUUCAUUAAAUUAUCUAUUUUUCCAGUUUGUUAAUAAAAUGAACUUUUUACCAAUC